AUGGAAGAAGAACCUCUGUUAAUUAAUAAAACUAUUAAAAAGAUCGAAGUUUGGUUGCGAGCAACAGGAACAAAUGUAAAAUCUACUCCGAAAACGCGGAUGGAUACAAUGAAAAGUCGUGCGAUUUACAUUAUAAACUUCUUUUGGCUGAAUGUAGACCUAGGUGGGGCGGUGGUCUGGUUCAUAUCAGGGAUCGCAAACAAAAAGAGCUUUACUGAACUGACAUACGUAUCACCCUGCAUCACUCUGAGUUUCCUUGCCAACUUCAAAUGCUUCUUUCUUUUUCUUAACGAGGAUUGUGUGGACAAACUCCUAGAGAAGUUAAGGGAACUAGAGAUGAAUGAGAGGUCUCGUCCAAGGCAUGAGGAUAAGAAUGCGAUAAUGGUGCGAGAGCACAAGUUCCUCACGAACCUCAUCUCGUUUCUGAAUGUAUUCUUCUGCGGGCUGAUUGUGGCUUUCGCUUUGGGUCCCGUGGCUUUAACCAUCUUCAUAUACGUCACCACUAAUGAGAUAGAUCUGCAAUUACCGUUUCUCAUCAUUUAUCCUUUCGAUGCUUUUCAACUGAAGUAUUGGCCUUGGGUGUAUCUUCACCAAAUUUGGUCCGAAGUAGUUGUAAUAGUGGGUCUCGGUGCAGCAGACUAUCUCUUCUACACAUUCUGCUCAAACAUAAGUGUGCAGUUCCAACUAUUGAAAUAUAAUAUUGAAAAUUUAAUUCCUGACGAUGACACUUGUGGAAGUUUAGUCAACGCUGAAGAAAUCAGAGCUGAAUUUGUUGAUUUGAUCAAAUGGCAUCAGGACUUAAUAAGCUCAGUGCAUCUUCUGGAGACGAUAUACACGAGAUCGACCCUGCUGAACUUUGUCUCCAGCUCCGCACUCAUCUGCUUGACUGGAUUCAAUGUCUUGGCAGGCAGCGAUUUUGUAUACGUGAUAACAUUUGUGAGUUUCCUAUUUUUGAGUUCGCUGCAGAUAUUCUUUCUGUGUUUCUUCGGGGAUCUGCUGUUGACUUCGAGCAUGGAAGUAAGUGACGCUGUGUACAAUUGUCGCUGGUAUUUAGCUGGUACAUCUCUUGGGAAGGAUUUACUUUUGGUGCAAACAAGAUCACAAACUCCUUGCAAACUGACAGCUUGGGAUUUUUCCGAAGUUAAUCUCAAAUCUUUUAUGAAGAUCCUGAGCACUGCCUGGUCUUAUUUCGCAUUGUUACAAACUUUGUAUGGCUCAGAUUUAGAAAAGAAAGAGAAUGAGAGAGAGGAGUGUGGUGAUAAGCAAGGAAUUAUAGAUGAAGAAGCAGGGUUUUUGAAUAAAGUAAUCAAUGUGCUGUAUGUACUGAACUGUUGCAUGAUAGUCGUGUUCGAUAUGACGCCGAUGGUAUUGAUAGCAGUGAAAUAUUACAAGACGAAGCAGUUUGAGAUGUUGCUGCCGUAUUUAGAUGUGUUUUCGUUCAUCCCUUAUGAGUUAGUGUACUGGCCUUUUGCGUAUGUCCAUCAGAUUUGGUCAGAAUGCAUGGUGCUUUUAUCAAUGGCUGCGGCUGAUUAUUUAUUCUUCACAUGCUGUACUUACAUUAGAAUACAGUUUAGACUCCUACAGUAUGACUUUGAGAGGAUAAUCCCAGACAGAAGUAUCUCUAAAGGAGAGAGGUAUGAUGAAACUGAGUUUCGGGAUAAGUUCAAAGAGUUGGUGCAGUGGCAUCAAGAUUUAAUACGAUCAGCUACUACCCUGGAUAUAAUCUACUCUAAGUCAAUGUUGUUCAAUUUCUUGUCGAGUUCUUUAGUUAUCUGCCUCACUGGAUUCAAUGUUACGAUUGUCAGCGAUAUCGUAAUAAUUGUAACGUUUCUCACCUUCCUGUCGAUGGCUCUGAUGCAAGUUUUCUUUUUAUGUUUCUUCGCCGAUUUGAUGAUGACAGCCAGUUUGGAAGUGAGUAACUCCGUGUACAACUGCAAGUGGUACCUAAGCAACACACAAGUUGGCAAGCAACUACUCUUGGUGCAGACCAGAGCGCAGGAGCCUUGCAAGCUGACUGCAGCUGGCUUCGCUGAUGUGAACCUUAAUGCCUUCACGAGGGUGUUGAGCAGUGCCUGGUCCUACUUCGCCUUGCUACAGACAAUGUAUGGAAGAUAAAGUGCCACUAUCAAGCGAACACUUUCCCUUAUAGAUUACCUUACAACUUGAAGUACAAUCGACAAAUAUUCUUGUAUACCUACUGUGUAAUUGUGUAGAUCUAAUAAAUACGUAUAGAACUGCGU